AUGGCGCGGGGGAGGCGCCUCGCCCCGGGCCGCCCCUGCCCCGCAGCGCUGCCCUCCCGGCGAGGCACCGGGCCGGGGGCGGGGGGGACACCCAGCGCCAUCGCCGGCCCCGCGACCACCUCGGCCGGGCAGGCGGCUCCGCGCCCGGUCCACCGGCCCGGCUCGGCGGGGCUGCGCCCGGGGACACCCCCCGCGGCCGCGCCCGGCGGCGGGCACCGGGGGCUGCGGGAGCCGCGCUCGCUGCCGGCGCUGCCCGUCCAGCGCUGCUCGGGCGUGGAGCGAGCGCCCGCCCCGCCGCCUCCUCCUCCUCCAUCCUCCUCCCUCCGGUGCGGAGCGAGCGCCGCUCCCGCCCCCCCGCGCGGGCAGGGCUGGCGCGCGGCACGCCGGGAGCCGCAGUCCCCGGGGCGCGGGGCGGGCGGGCGGCCGCGGCCACCGGACUACAGCUCCCGGCAGCCGCCGCGGCCGCGGCUCGCUCUCGCCCUCACACUCCGGCUGCCGCUGCCAGUGUCUCCGCCGCCGCCGAACCGCCGCUCGCAGCGCCCAGUGUCCGACCCGCCGCCUCCGGGCAGGGGCCCGCCUCGGCCCGCCGCCGCCCCCCCGCUGCCCGCCCGGCUCGGGAAGCAGGUGCGUGCCCGACCCCCCCCCCUCCCCGCCGCCCCGCACCGGACGCCCCGGCCCCCUCUGCCCGGGCACCCCGGGCCCGCGCGGCCCCGCACCCACCGCCGGGGGGGUGAGGGGGGGGUGGACGGGAGCGUGCGGCCCGAACCACCCCCCCCGCCCGGUUAG